AUCCCCACUCCCACCUCUCCCCUCAGAUCCCCAUUCCCGUCCAAGAAAAAAAAAACUUACACUGCGCCGCCUCCUCCCCGGCCACCUCCUCGCGCCGCCGCCGCGCUAUCCGCGGGACCUCCUCUGCCCGUCUCCCCGCCCGGUGCUUCUCACUGAUUUCGGCGAUCCGCAUUGCGGGUAGGGUUGGGUUGGAGCGGCCGGCCGAUCCGCGGCCCCGAAGCUCCGUCGCGCGGUUCUUGGGGCUCGCGUCCGCGAGCGUCGGUCCGCGCCGGCGACCUGCUGCCUGGACUUCCUGCUGCGCUGCCGCACCGGGCACGCGGCGAUCGCCACUGGUUGCGCUUCGAGGGCCGAAUCGGGGGCUAGGCAGCAAGAUCCGGCGAAGAGCAACUCCCGAUCGGUUGCUCUCCACCGCCACUCCCGGCGAUGAGCAGCGGCGGCGGCGGCGGAGGAAGCCCCACCAACUCUGAAUGGCGCUUCAACCAGACACUCCGCAACGUGCAAGGAAUGCUCAAAGGACGAAGCUUUCCUGGGAAGGUUAUGCUAACCCGAAGAUCUGAGCCUAUUUCACCUCCUGAAUACUCCCCACGCUCUGAGAAUGAUCGCUAUGAAUAUGAACAAAAUGAAGGCUCACAGGAGGUAGAAGGGCAAGCAUCUGGAAAUACAACUGAAAACAUCAGUUCUAAGAAAUCAAUUUCACCAUCGACAAGUAGCGUCAAUUCAUUACCAGAUGCCCAAGGAUUAGUUUCUGGGGCUAGAGCAACAGAUUCCGCAAGGAUUACCAAAUUCACAAAUGAACUCUCUAGGCCAGCUGUUAUAUUAGAUAAAUUGCGUGAGUUAUCUUGGAGUGGCGUGCCACCUUAUAUGCGACCUAACAUAUGGAGGCUUCUUUUGGGAUAUGCACCACCCAAUGCGGAUAGAAGAGAAGGUGUUUUAACGAGGAAAAGACUUGAGUAUGUAGAAUGUGUUUCUCAAUACUAUGAUAUUCCGGAUACUGAACGCUCAGAUGAAGAGAUCACCAUGCUUCGCCAGAUUGCCGUUGAUUGCCCAAGAACUGUGCCCGAUGUCACAUUUUUCCAGGAUCCUCAGAUUCAGAAAUCGUUGGAGCGCAUCUUAUAUACCUGGGCCAUCCGGCACCCUGCAAGUGGCUAUGUCCAAGGAAUAAAUGACCUUGUUACGCCGUUCUUGAUUGUGUUCUUAUCAGAGCACUUAGAAGGCAAUCUGGACACUUGGUCCAUGGAAAACCUUUCUUUGCAGGAUGUUUCUAACAUAGAAGCAGACUGCUAUUGGUGUCUCUCGAAGUUUCUUGAUGGCAUGCAGGACCAUUACACCUUUGCACAACCUGGAAUACAACGCCUUGUAUUCAGGUUGAAAGAGUUGGUUCACCGAAUAGAUGAACCUUUAUCGAGGCACAUAGAGGAACAAGGGUUGGAGUUCCUUCAGUUUGCCUUCCGUUGGUUCAAUUGUCUUCUGAUACGUGAGGUUCCUUUUCAUCUCGUGACACGCUUGUGGGAUACGUAUCUUGCUGAAGGAGAUUAUCUACCAGAUUUUCUCGUGUACAUAUCAGCUAGCUUUUUGUUAACAUGGUCAGAGAAGCUGCAGAAGCUGGAUUUCCAGGAGAUGGUCAUGUUCCUCCAGCACCUGCCGACCAGGAACUGGGCGCACCACGAGCUCGAGAUGGUCCUCUCCAGGGCGUACAUGUGGCACACCAUGUUCAAGAGCUCGCCCAGCCAUCUCGCCAACUAGGAGGACUAUGCGGCUGUUGACAUGCCUGGGAGCAGGCGGCGGAGCAGUCCAGCUUCCGUUGUAAUGUAGACUCACAUAUACCCUUCGGGGAGGAACAAUGGGGGAGUUUCAUGUUUAUUUUGAGUGCUGUAUUAUUAAUAUCUGCUCCGAUUUGUAUAUCUUGCUGUGAAACUACCGUCUUGGUGAUAAUGAAUAUAUCUCAUUGUUUUUUGA